AUGCUGCUGCAUAUCGGAUGGCCCGCCCGCCUGGUGAAGGAUCGCGUGGCUCGCCUCAAGCUCCCCGACUGCGCGACGCGGUUGGAGAGGGCCAGGGACGCGGUCCUGCGCAUCAAGGAGGCCUCCGAGAAGUGGGAGGACGGCUUGGACUUCUCGAAGGAGAAGGAGCACAUCAUGCGGCGCGUCAAGGAGUGGCGCGAUGAGGUGAACCGGUUCCGUCGGCACGAGAGUGGGCUGCAGGCGAUCGUCGCCAGGAAGGGCGCCGAGAAGAGCAAGCAGGCGCGGGAGUGGCGCUUCGUGCGCGACAAGGUGCGCACCUUCUUGUCCAACAAGAAGUUGCCAGAUGCCGUGGCCAUGGUGGCGGCGAACUGGCUCACCGAGCUCGGGAUGCCCGUGGGCGAGUACGGCAUCAAGAUGGACUAUGAGGCCGUGCCGCAGCUCCAGCCCAGCGCCAUGACGUUUUCCUCUUUCGUUGAGCCUUUCGUGAUCGUCAGGCCGCAGAUGGUUGAGGACAGUCACCAGAACCAGAUCCAGCGCUUCUGGGCGGGCGUCUUCAAGAACCAGAUGAAGGACGUCGUGUCCAAGAUGUGCGAGGUCCGCGACUUCAUGAAGACCCACGGGAUGGAUACCAGUUGGGGGACCGUGCCGUUCACACCUGACUUCUCCUUCGACAUCGCCGACUCCGAGGGCGCGCAGACGACGCUGCAGCCGUUGAAGGAUCUGCGCAUGGCGGUCUAUUGCCGUAACACAGGCGAGUGGCAAAGCAACGCGCAGUCAUUCCCGUGGGGCCACGCGCCAGUCUGGGUGCAACAGUUCGUGGGCAUGUCGAUCGUCGCUGUUGCUGACCCCGCCUGGGUUGCCGACCACGUCGACUACAACGGUUUCGUGGAGGCGGCCGACUCGAGUGCGCUCUACAAGGUCAAGACCUGUCUGCUUCGGGAGGGCAGCGUGUUGUUCGUGCCGAUGGGGUUCGUUGCCUUCCUGGUGCCCAUCCCUCCGAACGUCGACUGGGAUUCGAAGAAGCCGAGCCUGAAGGAUACUGCGAAGCCCUCCACAGAGGUCAAGCAUUGCGCGUGCUUCGGCGUGUCUUUGUUCUUGGAGGACGGCGUCCUCGAGAAGACGUCGCCGCUGGCGCGCGCCGCUGCGUGCGCAGCGUGGGCCCAGGCGAAGACGUCCCAGCUGCCCAAGAGCAUCCGCACGAGCACCGUGGUCGGCGAGUGGUUCGAGAAGUGCGGCGAUGGCCUGAAGAUGGAGAACAUG